GUCCUUCUGCUGCUGCUGCUUACAGAGCAUCAGCCCUGUGCAGAGGAAGUGCACACUUCUGUCAACACACACACACACACACCUACAAGAGCCAGAAGUGAGGACUUGUGGCUCCUGUCCCGGAAAACACACAAGAGGACACAGAAGUCAGAGACCAUGAUCAAACGCAAACUGAGCUUCAAGUGGUUUGGUAGUCUCACCAGCCUCCGGCGGAAAUCAGACACCCAGAAGGACGAUGUCAAAGAGGUGUCCACCGACGAUAUGGGCAUGCAUCCACGGAGCCCGAGCUACGCCAGCUCCAGUGAAAAUUACACGCACAUGGGCACCAUGCCACGAAACCCGAAGAAGGACAAAAGCUUGAAGAAGAGCAAGUCCAAGGACAAGAACAACCUGAGUCAGAGUCAAAGCAUGAGACCUCUGCAGGACCAGGUCGUUGAUUCCCCACUUCUCAGCGUCCUCUCCGGGAAGGGCCUGGAGGUCCUGGAGAACCCCAUCCCAGAGGACAAGCCUGUUGCUGGAACCAGAGAAAAUCCCAUUCAGAAUCGAAACCUUCCAGCUCCACCGACUGUGGAUGGACACUCAACAAUACUGGAAAGUGAAGAUCAGGAGCCGUUAGUCGACUCAUCUUGCUACAUGAGCAUGAAGGUGUUGCUACGUGAGGACGAGCUACGUGUUGAUCCACCAAAUGCAUGUCUAGAAUCUUCACCAGAUCUAAGUGUGCCAGACAAAGAGCCAGACAUCCAGCCAGUGCUGCCCAAGAAGAGACAUAAAGAAGGAAACGCCUCCAUGAAGGAUGCUGAGGAGCUCCAGGUGGAUGGUCAUCUGAUUCAGUUACCUCUGAAACACGGCAGUCGGGUGGAGCAGAAGCAAGCAGUGGAGGAAGAGGCUAAAAUAGGACCAGACUGCAAACAAGACAGUCAGGAGGAGAAAGAGCCUAACAGAACAGAAACUUUUGUUCAACACACUUUGGAUCACUUUGACUGAUGAAGACUGAAGUGCCGAGGGCAUUCAUACAAUGUCUCCUCAGUGUGUUUGGCUGUGGUUUCCGCACACUUCUGCUUUGCUGAAACUUUUCCCAUGAUGAAAGCUGUUUCUUAGCUUGAUCUGAAAGUGAAUUUGUUGUUGCUCAUUUAUCAAAGCACCUUGUUUAAAGCUCUUCCCAUGCUUUAAUCAAGGUUGUUUCUCUCACACACGCACAGUUAAAAAAAAAAAAAAAAAAA